AGUUGUGGCUUGGAUGAUUGAGGAAGUUAUGCGUCAAUUUUACAACUAACUAGUCGUUAUUAUUGAAGUAAUCAUUAGGCUGAAAUCCCGUAAGAGAAAACGUGGCUGUGAGUCUCAGCCUUACAGCUAUAUAGCUCGGAUACCCGACCAAGUAAAGCACUUAAAUCGAUUAACUAAUGUUAGUGAUGUAGAUUGUAUACUCAAUCUAAGGAUGGACUGCAACACAUUCGGUCGAUUAUGUAACUUGUUAAAGCAACUAGGUUCUUUGGAUGACGGUACAUAUGUAAGUGUUGAAGAACAAGUGGUGAUGUUCUUGUCAAUCUUAGCACAUCAUAAGAAGAAUAGGAUUGUCCGUUUUGAUUUUUGGAGAUCGGGACAAACAAUAUCACAUUACGUGCAUACUGUCUUGAAUGCCAUUUUGAAGAUCCAUGUACUCCUAUUGGUGAAGCCACAACCCGUUUCCGAAGAAUGUAAUGACUCGAGGUGGAAGUGGUUUAAGGGAUGCCUCGGUGCAUUAGACGACACAUAUAUUAGUGUGUUGGUGCCCAAUAUUGACAAGGCCAGGUAUAGAACACGUAAGGGGCAGAUUGCGACCAACAUGCUAGGAGUAUGUGAUCGCAAUAUGAAGUUUGUGUAUGCACUGCCGGGUUGGGAGGGCUCAGCUGCUGAUUCACGCGUACUCCGGGAUGCAGUCAACAGGCGACAUGGAUUUAGAGUCCCCCGCGGGAACUAUUAUUUGGUAGAUUGUGGCUAUGCAAACAGUGAAGGCUUUCUAGCACCGUAUAAGGGAGUCCGUUACCAUUUGAAGGAGUGGGGGCCUACUAAUUCAAGGCCACAAAAUGCUGAGGAGUUGUUUAAUCUACAACAUGCUAAGGCUCAGAAUGUUAUUGAGCGUGCAUUUGGGAUCAUAAAGAUGCGGUGGGCUGCACUGAGAAGUACAACCUAUUAUCCGAUCAAAGUCCAAGUUAGGCUAAUCAUGGCGUGCGUUCUCCUUGAAAACUUCAUUCGUUCCAACAUGGCGGUUGAUCCGAUCGAGCAGCAGUACGAUCUUCUUCUCCAAGACCUCGAGAACACCAAUGACGAGCAGGAGGAUUUCGUUGACACAAUUGAAUCAUCUCAAUGGUGGAACGCGGACAGGGAUGUCCUCGCUCAAACAAUGUGGCAACAAUAUUUACAUGCUAUGAAUUAAUGCAUGUGCAGUGAUUAACUCACAACCAUCUAUUUAAGUUGGAAUUUAAGACCAAUGUGUUUAUGAUCUAUACUUUGUCCUGUUCAUUAGAAUUUUGGUAUGGAUAUGCUGUGAUAUUUGUGUUGUUUUUUGCUUAUUGGAUUGGAUGGAAUUAGACCAUUUCUAUUUUUGUUGUCUUUGCUUAAUGAAUAUAAUUUUUCGUAGUUGAUUGUUUUUUUUCUUCUUCUCCAAGCAUGUAAUCACCAUUUUCACGUUGG